UCGAAGGAUCUGAAACAAUACAAUUAAAAUAUGAGUAGCUAUAUAUAUUUGUGUGUGUGGCACCAAAUAUCUACUUUAUCGCAGAGCAUACUGAAAUAAAUAUAGUUUUUAGUGACCAUUCUGUUUCCAGAUUUGGAAUAAUUCAUAAUAAGAACCGCAUAAAUUUACCAGUUUUUGAUAAUAAAGUCCCCUGAGACUUGGCUAAAUUUUCGUACAAUCUGAAUUAGAAUAAUAAAAGAAUUGCAUGACGAUAAAAUAAUAAAUGAUACCGAAAAAGAACUUUUGAUUCGAGCGAACUAUGCUCAUGUGGAUCAGUCGAGAUCCAAAGUUUGCGCAGAAUGCGUCUGAAUAUUUUAUACAUAAUAAUUCUUGUGUUCGUAAUUUCAAGCCAAUCGGAGGCAGUUAUUCCUGGAUGUGAUUACAUUGACACCGUGGAUAUAUCUCAUAUCCCAAAGCUAAAUAACUCCUAUGCGUACGAGGGUCUAACCAUUCCUGCUCAUCUCACGGCUUUAUAUACAUUUAGCCAACUGGCAGACGGAUCACAGGAGCCAGUGAAGAGUCACUUAAGAGCAUGUAUCUGCAAACUAAAACCCUGCAUCCGAUUCUGCUGCCCCCGCAACAAAAUGUUGCCCAAUAGUCGGUGUAGCGAUGGACUCACAGAGAAUCUGAAGCGGAUCAAUCCCUACUUGAAGAUCACACUGCAGGAUGGAACUAUAGAAACAUAUUACCUUCUAACCGACAUUUAAUCAAUAAUAUUUUUAUUUUUUUUGUUAGAACAAAAUGUCAAUGUCAACUUUCUCAUCUAUAACGUUUACGGUUGGGGCACUCCGGCCAUCAUGACGGGUAUUACAUAUCUGGUGGAUUGGGCUUGGCAGGAUAGACCUGACAAACUGAAUUGGAUUCCCGGUGUUGGUUUAUAUAGAUGUUGGAUAAACACUUAUGACUGGUCAGCGAUGAUAUACCUAUACGGACCUAUGCUAAUCUUGAGUUUAUUCAAUGUGGUCACGUUCAUCCUCACAGUGAUCCACAUAAUGAAGGUUAAGAAUAGCGUUAAAUGUUCUACCCAACAGCAGCCAAAGUGUAUGAAGAAUAAUGAUUUUCUAUUAUACCUACGACUGUCGGUGAUGAUGGGCGUGACUGGGAUUUCUGAGGUAAUAACUUACUUCGUCAAGCGGCACAAUUUUUGGCGACGUCCAAAUUUCUUUCAUUUGGGUUCCGGUAUAGUCGUAUUUGUGCUAUUCAUUCUUAAGCGCAGCACAUUUCAAAUGAUAAUGGAGAGAAUCCGCGGUCCAAGGAGACAACAACCUGCAUCUUAAAUAAGCCACUAGUUUAAAUAAAUAAAAUUAUACAUAAGUAAGCUCUUU